ACCAAGCGGCUGGACCACUCUCAAGGGACACCGGCUCCUCCUGCUUCUUGACUUCCCUCUCCUCCGUCAGCUCUUCAGCAUGGCAGACGCCGCCGCUCCCGCGGAAGCCCCCGCCGCAGCCCCCGCCGCAGCCCCAGCCCCAGCCCCAGAACCCGCACCAGCGCCCGCGCCCGAACCCGCCCCUGCAGUAGCGGCGCCAGUAGCAACAGGCGUCUCCGCCGACCAGCUGGACGACUGGAAAGAGGCCUUCGGACUGUUCGACAGAGUCGGCGACAGCUGUGUGGGGUACAACCAGGUGGCGGACAUCAUGCGCGCCCUGGGCCAGAACCCCACCAACAAGGAAGUGAUGGGUAUCCUUGGCAACCCCUCCGCUGAAGACUUUGCAAACAAGAGACUGGACUUCAACUCCUUCCUGCCCAUGCUCUCCGGCGUGGUCGCCAGCCCACAGAAGGGCACCUACGACGACUACGUUGAGGGCCUGCGCGUCUUCGACAAAGAGGGCAACGGCACCGUGAUGGGCGCUGAGCUGCGUAUCGUCCUGUCCACACUGGGUGAGAAGUUGAAUGAGGGUGAGAUCGACGCCCUCAUGACCGGUCAGGAAGACGAGAACGGCACCAUCAACUACGAGAGCUUCGUCAAGCACAUCCUGUCCGUGUAAAAACGGGCGUCGGCAGGAGUGGUUCGGGGAGCAGAAGCAGAACCAGCGAACCCCCAGUGUGUCAGGACAUCCGUCUGCCGUUUCAAAGACCAACCGAAGGAAACCCAAAGGACUAUGGAACUGUUGCUACCCAACCGUUCCUGUUUUUUUUUUUUUUUCCUCUUUGCCUUUUUUUGUUUGUGUUCUUUUUUUUUUUUUUUUUCCCAUCUUCUCUCCGGGGCGCCACCUCACCGCAGAAGACCCUCGACCAGGGGUGUGCCCUUUUUUUUUUGUUACACAGGGGUUGGGAACAAGGGAAGAGGAGGCUGACCACUCACAACGUGGGGUCAGAACCUCCGGCCCCUCCCAUCUCGGCUGCUCCCAUCGGCCAGCGGUGCCUAAGGCAUCGGGAAUGACUGUGGGCCGGCCACCCGACCCCUCCCCCUGCCCAGAGUCUUAAAUAAUUUUUGCUCUGUCGUUUCACCAAAUAAACUUUUACAAAAAUGCACCCCCACA